AUGCCUCUUCCAUGUCAAAUAGAAUCAGGUUUACAAAAGUUAAUAAGAAAACCAUUGCCACCACCGCCACAAAACCAAAAAUUCAAUUUACCGUCAGUUUAUCAAGAGGCCUAUUCACAUCAGAAGUUUCUCAUUUAUGAUAAACGCAAAACAAUUUAUGGUGGUCGUCUUAUGAUCUUCGCUUCUGAAGAACAAUUGAAUGUUCCAUAUCAUUUGGAUGUUCUAUUUGCCGAGGGUACUUCCAAAGCAUCACCAAAAUUGUUUGAUUAG